CAGCAAGCUUGUUUGAACUUCCCCUCCCCCAAUCCUGUAAACCAUCUGCCGCCAUACAUACCCACGAUAUCUAACCCGAUUCCUCUCCUUCGACGCCAUCAUCACCCUUGCAUACUCGAGUCCCUGCCAAUCGCCCCGAGUCCCUUGCUUUAACCCACCUCAUUGACCAGGUGGGAAGCGACUGUCGCCCGCUCGACGAGCACCGCCCCUCCUCGAUUCCACAACCAUGGACACCAACAUGGAGGACGUCAACGUCAAGAUGCCCGAUCCGAUGCAGCUGUCCUCGGUUCCUGCUACUGAGCCGGCGUCUAUUCCCACCCUCGACGGCUGGAUUGAAAGCCUCAUGCAAUGCAAACAGUUGGCAGAGGCCGAUGUGCAGAGGCUGUGUGAGAAGGCGCGUGAGGUCCUUCAGGAAGAGUCGAAUGUGCAGCCGGUGAAAUGCCCAGUCACUGUCUGUGGCGAUAUCCACGGCCAGUUCCACGAUCUCAUGGAGUUAUUCAAGAUUGGAGGCCCGAACCCCGACACAAACUAUCUGUUCAUGGGGGACUAUGUCGACCGAGGAUACUUCUCAGUAGAAACAGUUACUCUUCUUGUUGCACUUAAGAUUAGAUACCCACAGCGCAUCACGAUCCUGCGCGGAAACCACGAAUCCCGUCAGAUCACACAAGUAUACGGCUUCUACGAUGAAUGUCUACGGAAGUAUGGCAACGCCAAUGUUUGGAAAUACUUCACCGAUCUCUUCGAUUACCUUCCCCUCACCGCUCUCAUUGACAACCAAAUCUUCUGUCUUCACGGAGGACUGUCGCCUAGUAUCGACACCUUGGACAACAUCCGCGCGCUCGAUCGCAUACAAGAGGUGCCCCAUGAGGGCCCCAUGUGCGAUCUGCUCUGGUCGGAUCCCGAUGAUCGCUGCGGCUGGGGAAUAUCUCCCCGAGGCGCCGGGUAUACCUUCGGCCAGGAUAUCUCGGAGGCGUUCAACCACAAUAACGGCUUGACCCUCGUUGCUCGCGCUCAUCAACUUGUAAUGGAGGGAUACAAUUGGUCGCAGGACAGGAAUGUGGUGACCAUAUUCUCAGCUCCGAAUUACUGCUAUCGAUGCGGAAACCAAGCAGCCAUCAUGGAGAUUGAUGAGCAUCUGAAGUAUACAUUCUUACAAUUUGACCCAUGCCCGCGGGCGGGUGAGCCUAUGGUUUCGCGCAGAACUCCAGACUAUUUCCUGUAGACGGACCGUGUUGUUGCUUCUGGAAAAACCCCGUAUCGGAUGGAGGCAUACACGUAGUGCGACUCUGCGAAUAGACAGUUCUGCUACCUCGUUUUCGCAUGCCGAGCGGCUAACAGUGAUUUGAGUGCGAGCCGACAUUGGGAGGGUUGCGGCGCUACCUUCGACAGCAGUCUGUCCCUGUAUCACUUGCAAGCUCAACCGAAAGUCGAGCGUACACGUAGUAAUGUAUUUGGGAGGGUACUCCCCCCGGCAAGGUCGAGGACUUGAUGGCAAUGCGUUUCAUCCAUAUCAAUGGCCCAGCAAAUGGAAAUCAGGCGAUUCCAUUCUAGCGUCCGAUGUGCAAUGAUUCAAAUACUGAG